AUCAACCUUAAAUCCAUGUGCUAACUUUUUCAAUGCUUCCACUACAAACACUAUCCUAAACGUCCAAAUUGGUUUGGCAGCAAGAAUAAAAAAUUUGGAAACAGAAUUAGGUAUGAUUUCUCCAGUACAUGUACCUAAAGGUGGGUUUUAUUAUUUUUUGGAAUAUAUACUUAUAGCAAUUUAGAAUGAAUGUUCAUAGGUAUUUUUGUCUCUGUAAAUGUAAUCCGAUUCUUAAAACAUACUUGGAAAAAUAAUGACCCCUCCACCCGAAUGACCAGGAUGCAAGCAGCUGGGUUCCUCAGCAGUUUGCCCCAGUUUCUAGAGAUCUGCCUUCUCUUCUGCGAGCUAGCUCAGUUUCAAGGAUCUUGCUGGGAAUAAACACUGUUAUUUCACAGUGAUUAAGUUUUCAGGCUACCCACAUCCUACAAAUAUAAUUUGAAACAAAUUUACCUUUCCAUCAUUAAAAGAAAACAUUGUUGCUUUCGUUUUUAAAGCUAAAUCUAUUACCCUGCUUGGGUAUGCUGCACUCUUCUGGGCAUAGAAUUUCAUAGCAAGUAUCAACAUAAUCAAGCCAUGAAGUCGGAUGCAUCAAGCCAUAAUUUCUUAUUAACCAGAACUUUUGAAUGCGUACCUGGCACAUUUUACACAAAAUCAGCACACAACAAAUAAGGAUGCCUGAACCUUAAACAUAAACAGCCAUAGGAUUUCUGACUGGGUUUUCUAUUUUUGCACACAGCCCAACACCUGGAAACAACUGUACCGUGGGCACUCUCCUCGAAAGUGCCAGGUGUUUUCUUCUGGUCUAAGCCAACAAGUAGAGGACAAACUAAAAUCACUGUUUCGGAGAAGGUUGAUGGGGAACAAUGCUGCUACAAAACAGCUUCCAGGAGUGGAAGUAUGUCCAAUUUUCCUUUCUGGCAAUUGUUUCUUGUUGGGGAGACAGGAAAUUCAUAACACGGUUUGGAACAUGUUCUCUUGUCCCUUCACCCGGAGGCAGGGGGUUCCCAAUCAAGUCAAAAUGUAGAUCUAUGCAAUAUCAGCAGGGCAUUCCAAGCGAUGUCAUGGGAGGUGGAGCCAGUCUCCAUGACAUUCCAUGAGACUGAAUACUGCAAAGCUGUCUUGAAAACAAUCUCUAUUGGACCAAGUCUUUCCUUCGCUGGGAGUUGUCGCAUCCAAGACUUAAUUUCAACAGGGUUCAAUUUAUUGCUUGGAGCUCUGGCAGCAUAAAACUGUCUUCUUUGAAUGGAAAAUUUGACCAACUGCGAUGAGGGGCUGCAGCCAGCGCUCUGUCGCGCGUGCCUGUUUGCCAAAGGAGCCGCCCCGGCGAGGAGAGCCGGAGGGAAGCCGCUUCCAAAGGGGAGACCGGCAGCUCAGACACGCGCUCUGGGCGGCCUGGAUGCGCAAGAACCGGCCCCGCAGCCGCUGACGGCCGGCGGCAGCGAAGUUUGGCUGAUAAGCGGCUCGGCGCCUGGCCCCUGGACAGACUGCCAACCGGCGGCUGCAGCGACCGAAGCGAUGCCCGUGGGGGGCUUGUUGCCGCUCUUCAGUAGCUCCGGGGGCGGCGGCCUGGGUGGUGGCCUGGGCGGGGGGCUUGGUGGCAGUAGGAAGGGGUCUGGCCCCGCCGCCUUCCGCCUCACCGAGAAGUUCGUGCUGCUGCUGGUGUUCAGCGCCUUCAUCACGCUCUGCUUCGGGGCAAUCUUCUUCCUGCCUGACUCCUCCAAGCUGCUCAGCGGGGUCCUGUUCCACUCCAACCCCGCCUUGCAGCCGCCAGUAGAGCACAAGCCCGGGCCCGGGGCGCAUGCCGAGGACGCCGCCGCGGGGCGAGUAUGGCACCGCGAGGAAGGCGUGCCCGGGGACCCCGGGGCUAUCCUGGAAGACAACUUAGCCAGGAUCCGUGAAAACCACGAGCGGGCUCUCAGGGAAGCCAAGGAGACCCUGCAGAAGCUGCCCGAGGAGAUCCAAAGAGACAUUCUGCUGGAGAAGGAGAAGGUGGCCCAAGACCAGCUUCGUGACAAGGAGCUGUUUGGGGGCCUGCCCAAGGUGGACUUCCAACCUCCCAUCGGGGUAGAGAACCGGGAACCAGCUGAUGCCACCAUCCGCGAGAAGAGAGCAAAGAUCAAAGAGAUGAUGAACCAUGCUUGGAAUAAUUAUAAACGUUAUGCCUGGGGCUUAAACGAACUGAAACCUAUAUCCAAAGAAGGCCAUUCGAGCAGUUUAUUCGGCAACAUCAAAGGAGCAACGAUAGUAGACGCUCUGGAUACGCUUUUCAUCAUGGGAAUGAAGACCGAAUUUCAAGAAGCUAAAUCAUGGAUUAAAAAAUAUUUAGAUUUUAAUGUGAAUGCUGAAGUCUCUGUUUUUGAAGUAAAUAUACGCUUUGUCGGCGGACUGUUGUCAGCUUACUACUUGUCUGGAGAAGAGAUAUUUCGAAAGAAAGCAGUGGAACUUGGGGUAAAAUUGCUACCUGCAUUUCAUACUCCCUCUGGAAUACCUUGGGCAUUGCUGAAUAUGAAAAGUGGCAUUGGACGGAACUGGCCCUGGGCUUCUGGGGGCAGCAGUAUCCUGGCAGAAUUUGGAACUUUGCAUUUGGAAUUCAUGCACUUGAGCCACUUAUCAGGAAACCCCAUCUUCGCUGAAAAGGUAAUGAAUAUUCGAACAGUGCUGAACAAGCUGGACAAACCAGAAGGCCUUUAUCCUAACUAUCUGAACCCCAAUAGUGGACAGUGGGGUCAACAUCAUGUGUCAGUGGGAGGACUUGGAGACAGCUUUUAUGAAUAUUUGCUCAAAGCUUGGCUAAUGUCUGACAAGACCGACACAGAAGCCAAGAAGAUGUAUUUUGAUGCUGUUCAGGCCAUUGAGACUCACCUGAUCCGCAAGUCCAGCGGGGGACUAACGUACAUCGCUGAGUGGAAGGGGGGCCUCCUGGAACACAAAAUGGGCCACCUGACGUGCUUCGCAGGGGGCAUGUUUGCACUUGGGGCAGAUGGCGCUCCAGAAGCCCGGGCCCAACAUUACCUUGAACUUGGAGCUGAAAUUGCCCGCACCUGUCAUGAAUCUUACAAUCGCACCUACAUGAAGCUGGGACCAGAAGCUUUCCGAUUUGAUGGCGGUGUAGAAGCCAUUGCCACGAGGCAGAAUGAGAAGUACUACAUUUUACGGCCAGAAGUCAUCGAGACUUACAUGUACAUGUGGCGACUGACUCAUGACCCCAAGUACAGGACCUGGGCCUGGGAAGCCGUAGAGGCCCUGGAAAGUCACUGCCGAGUGAACGGAGGCUACUCGGGCCUACGGGAUGUUUACUUUGCUAGUGAGAGUUAUGAUGACGUCCAACAAAGUUUCUUCCUGGCAGAGACUCUAAAAUAUUUGUACUUGAUAUUUUCUGAUGAUGACCUUCUUCCGCUAGAGCACUGGAUAUUCAAUACCGAGGCACACCCUUUCCCAGUCCUCCGAGAAGAGAAGAAGGAAAUUGAAGUCAAAGAGAAAUAAAAGACAUUUUCUAUUUUACUCUGCUUCGUUCCCUCGCUGCAUACCUUAAUAAUUCCUUCCCUCGUUAUCAGAUACAUGAUGAACUUUUAUUGAUCGAUAAAAGUCUAUGAUUAU